AUGUCCGUGGAACUAAGCGACGACGGAGGGCAUCGCCUGAACCAGGAGAAGGCGAUUGGUGACCUAAUGCGGAGCAACGGGCUUACAGACGACUAUUCGUCGCUAACGCCGAUCGGAAAACAUGUCAAAGAUGAACGGCCAAGCGACGCGGAGCUCCUCGGAUCAGUGAAUGCGCCUCCGGGACCGACGGUGCACGAAUUACAAUCGUUGGUCAAUCUGCUCCUUUGGGUCGCUCGAUGUACGCGCCCGGACAAUGCCUUCGCGGUCCAUAUGGCGACGCGGCAGACUCACGCUCCGCGCGUGCUUAACUGGAGUUUGGAAAAGCGCAUCGCGCGCUAUCUCAAGAAGUCUGCGACGCUGAAAACCACGAUAAAAGCCUUCCCGAGAUGA